GAGAAAGCCUCAUCCUCAAAAAGAGAUUGCCAGUAGAAGCGUUUCCAUCGCAACAGAGGCCAUUUUGAAAAUAUAAAAGUUUUAGCUGCGGACAGAGGGAAAGCAUUUUGAAGAACGUUAAGGCUUUGCAAUGGAGUCUUUGAAAAGUGAGCUGGAAAAAAUUACCGUUAACGCACCUGCUGUUAAUUUCAGAUCAGAUGUAAAAAUUGAAGCAAAAAAGUCAUAUUCAAGCAAUACAACCAAAGAAGAGACAAUUCUUUCAUACUGUCAGAACUUUCAUAGGCAGUUUGUGCAUUUAUAUAGAGAUAGAAGACCUGUUCUACUGUCAAGACCAAAUGAAUGUUCUGUGGAGAAAUUCGUUUGUACCACAAUUCGACCAACAGAGUUACGUUUCAAAGAGAUCUAUGACUACCAUGGUUGUGCUGAAUUUGUAGCAGACUAUCUUAAUUUUGAGCCUCUAGACCCUCCAAUUGAUUUGCCUGCUGCUAUCCCUUCGCCAACAACAGUUCUAAAGAGGCAGAAAGGCAACUGCUUUGAUUACAGCAUACUCCUGUGUUCACUGCUGAUUGGUAACGGGUAUGAUGCGUAUUGUGUCAGUGGCUAUGCUAACAGAGAGACUACACUGAUGGACCAGACAAGAGAAGUUUGUCCAAUGGUGGAAAAGCAUGACAAAAAACUGGAAACAGAAUCUCAAAAGGAACUUCGGAAGUACACUGUUAAACCACCGAAGGAUUUGCAGAGUAAAUUCGAGUUAAAGAUGAUUGCCAAAGAGAAAGCAGCAGAAGAAGCAAAUGAAAAACAAAGAUUACAGGAAGAAAGAGCUAAAAUUGAGGAGCGAGAGAAACCGCCGGUUGACAAGUUGCAUGGCCUUAGAGUUCACUCCUGGGUCUUGGUUUUGUCUGGAAAAAGAGAAGUACCGGAGAGUUUCUUCAUCGAAUCGUUGACCGGAUGUCCGAAAGCACUUGACGAUAGCUCUUACCUCGGAAUCGAAAGCGUUUGGAACCACACUAAUCUUUGGAUUAAUAUGCAGGACUGCUCACAAGGAACCAAAAGCCUUUCUUUUGAUUUGGGAGAUGCUGCGAAGUGGGAAUAUAUGUUUGUGAACACAGACAAGCCAGUGUUGUCACUGCCUGGCCUUGGUGAAGACCCACUUGAUGAUGAAGACGAGGAAGAGGAAGGUGAAGCUCAAGUUGAUUUGCCUCCUUCCUGGGUUGAUAAAAUCGAAAUCACAUCAAAAGAGUUUCAUACGAGAUGUCCCAACGGAAAGAAAACAGUAAUUUACAAGAAAGCAAAGUUAGAAAAAUUUGCAGAGUAUCUGAAUCGCGAUGGGCUGGUCAUCCGGCUGUCAAUAUACAACGACAAUGAGUUGAAGGAAUUGCAAGAAGUAAAAGAAUAUUAUAAAAAUCGAGAAGAUAAGCUAGAAUCCAGAACACACAUCAUUGCAACUGGUCAAAUUCUGGAAAGUUUUUUGCCAGGAAGACAAUUAUCCUUAAAAGAGCAUGUGUACAAAGCCAGUUCACCUGGCCCAGAGUCGGACAGGAUCAUGCAUUUUUACUCAAAUGCAAGGGUUGAUGGACUUGUUAAAAGAGAAGAGACACCCGUUUCACUCUCAGAAUAUUUUGAAAAUAGAGAAGACUUUCUCAGCUAUAGACACGCUUUAUUUGGAAAGAGAGUUAAAAAAUUUGGUCCUCAAGCUGCCAACAACAGGCCUAUUGCUAAAAUGACUGAGAGAUUUGAACGUGACCCAUCUAUGCCGGCCAACGAAAACGUGAGAGAGAGAACAUUUGCUGUGUCUGAAGAUAGGAUUGCCUUGCUGUACCAUUUAGAGAACAAGCGCAUUACGUCCUCAACGAGAGAGUUUAUAAAGCCACCAAAUUACUCUUCGGAAAAAGGGACACCGCUGCAGUUGACUCCUGAUGCCACAACAGCAUUCCAGGUUGAUCCGUAUGCUACUGAUCCAAAAGAGUUGGACAUCUACAACAUGAUGGUAAAUCUUCUUGAGGCUGAAAAAUUAUGUAACGAUAAAAUUCGUGAAUCAGAAGAGGAGGUGAGAGAAAUUCUUGAUGCAAGAAUGACGGAGGAGAGUGUUUCGAAGUUGACUGUUUCAGUUUAUGAUACAGAAAGGAAUGAAAAGGCGAAACAAAGAAGAACAGAGAUGGAACGGAAACAACGGGAAGAGGAAAUGCGCAAGCGAGACAUGGAGCUUGAUUACUUGGCGCCAUUUUUGUCUCGCAUUGGUGAUCCGAAAACGCUAUCAAAGCCUGAUGCUGUCAAAAUAAGGGAAGAAUGCUUGCAAGAUUUGAAACAGAGGCUAAUAGAAAAGGCCAACCUCAUACAGGCGAGAUUUGAAAAGGAAACCCAAGAUCUGCAGAAGAAGCAAACAUGGUAUCAACAGAAUCAAAUGAACAUGACAAAAGAAGACGAAGAAGAUUAUCUGAACUUUUGCAGCGAAGCAAUGUUUCGUAUCCACAUCCUGGAACUAAGACUGAGCAGGCACAAAGAAAUGGCGCCACAGAAGUACAUGCAGCUUGAUGAAAAGCUGCGAAAUGAUCAUAGACUUAGAGACUUUCUCUAAAUCUGACUGACUGUAAGUAAGAAAAUGACACAUACUUUAUUGAAUAACUACUGUAAAUACAAUAUUUUGCCUUUUUCUAGUUAAUCGACUGCUUAACGUAUCUACGCUUUUUUCUGUGUCAAAGAGUAAUGCGAUGAUAAAGUAGAAGCAGAACUUUGUUUCGCAAUAUUUUCACAAACAAUUCUUCGUCAAUUCUGUUUGCGUUGAAAUAUACCAAAAUAUGGUACUUUCAAGCAACCAGGGUACGAGUUUGGUAGCUGCAAGGUGUACCUAACAUAAAUUACCCCAACGAUAUUUGUGCUUCAACGCCAAAUGCCGUUUGAAACUUGGAAGAUAUUCUUCUUGAUAAAUCUCUACUUUUUCUAGCGAUUAGUUUUAGCCGUUUUUUGCCAACUCCCAGCUUAGUCCUCUUUAUUAUUAAUAAUUCUUCAGCAACUGCAGAUUGUGUUGGGAAUAUUCCCAAGAAUUUCAAAAGGUUUUUGUUAUCAAGGUUCUUGCGAAAACUUAAGCCUUUUUUGGUUAGAGUGGGGCAAGUGAGUUGAAAUGACAGCGAUUGACAUUUGCUUCCCACUAAAGCAUCCGAACACAAUACACUGAAAUACCGCUUCGAGUUGUCAAAGACCAAAGAAAAAAAUGAAUCGUGAAAAUUUUGUUAGUCAUUUUUAAUCAAACACUAUAGCUGAGAACAGUGAUAUACAUGUGUGGCAAGUAAUGAAAAUUUCAUGACAGCUGAUAAGCUUAUUUGAAACUACACGGCCUACUGGACCCAAUUUUGAUGGUUGCAAAGAAUUUAUUUCAAUUUCUCUCGAAAGUUAUUUGGCUUUGCUCAGCCGGUUUUUAAUUUUGUUGUGUUAGGGGUUUUUGCCCUUUUGAAGAUCAAAUACUUAGAAAUUCUGAAAAUUUAUCUAAUUUUGAUCUAAAGAAAGACUUUGUACUAUCAACCAUUUUUGAAUUUUUUACAAUUGCAUAGUUUUGCCUUUGCAGUGAUUCUCAAUGUAAACGAGUUUUGGCUUUUGUAAAAUGACCCAUCUCACCACACUUUUUUAUAGUGCUAUCUUGUUGUUCAAAAUAAUUGCAAAAUAUGACAUAUAAUUACUCUUGUUUAUGUGGCACAUCCAAUCUUAUAAUCAGGUUAAUUAUUUGGAUUAUAAAACAAUUGUAUUUUUUUUCUUCUAUUCGGCUACAGUUAAAAAAUACUACGUUCAGAGUAUUCAACAAGCCUUUUUUAUAGUUUUAAAAUGUUUUUCUUUAUUAAUUUAAAGAAAUUAAUAGCGAAAAUAUUUCAUAACGCAAGCAAAUAAAUUGUUUCAAUGCUUACUGCAAAGGGGAGACUGGGUUCCAUAAUGGCGGAUAU